AUGUAUUCGGUUACAAUAUCGGAUCCGUUGAAGUCCAAAAAAGAAUUGCAACUACAGUUGAGAAAACUGGAAUAUAAUAUGGCCGCCGAUCAAAAAGUUAAGUCAUCAUCGCCACCGCCGAUCUGUGACUGUUCACAUGUAUCCGAAUAUCCUCAUCCGCACGUCGUCGGUUCGCAGGUAACCGGACACCGUCCACCGUACAUCGACGUUCCGAAGGUAAACGGAUACCGUCCACCACACAUCAGCUAUCCGAAGGUAACCGGUUACCGCCCAUCGUCGUCGACGAACUGCCCUACGCAAUGUCCGCCCCGACACACUAUGCCUCCGUGGCCGACCCACCGGACGCCACCGCCAUGCGUGACUUGUCGGAUUACUCAGCCACCUUGUACCAUACGCUGGACUUUACCGCCGUAUACCACAUGCCGGACCUUACCACCAUGUACCACGUGCUGGACCAAGCUGCAAUGUACCACGUGCCGGACGCUGCCUCAGUGUGAUGAAUGCCGGACGCAAGAACCUAGGCCUGUAUUGCUCGUAAAUGUCGAAAUGAACCUACCACAAAAGGCUAGUGCGUCUAACGUGGUAGGUUAA